AUGGUGGCGGCGCUGCUUGGGCACAUUUUGAAGACCCCAAAGCAUUCAUUUCUUCGCAGCAUCAACAGAAGCUUUGACACUAUCUUGUCGUCUUCUGUGCAUGGAAAACCUUUCAUUUUCACAACUUUGUCUCAAGUGAGAUUGCUGGGAAAUGCUGUAGAAGCUGUUUGUGGAUUUGAUGAGAUGGUUGAAGGGAACCAGAGGAAGUUUUACAUGGUUGGUGGUAAGGGAGGUGUUGGUAAAACAAGCUGUGCUGCUUCCCUUGCAGUUAAAUUUGCAAAUCAUGGCCACCCCACUAUGGUGGUUUCAACUGAUCCUGCUCACUCCUUAAGUGACUCUUUUUCCCAGGAUUUGACAGGGGGCAGGCUUGUUCAGAUUGAAGGAGUGAAUUCUCCAUUGUUUGCUCUUGAGAUAAACCCUGAGAAAUCUAUGGAAGAGUUACAUACGAAAAGUCAGAAACUUGGCGGUGGGGGCGUUAAGACUUUAAUGGAAAGCAUGGGACUUGGAAUGAUUGCUGGCCAGUUAGGGGAACUCAAGCUGGAAGAGCUGUUUCAUACUCCUCCACCCGGAACAGAUGAAAUCAUUGCAAUUUCCAAGGUGAUGCAAUUUCUUGAGUCACAAGAAUAUAACAUGUUCAAUCGGAUAGUUUUUGAUACAGCACCAACAGGUCAUACACUUCGGUUACUGUCACUGCCUGAGUUCUUGGAUGGAUCUCUAAGCAAAAUAAUAAAGUUGAAGGCAAAAUUGGGUUCAGCCUUCAAGUCUUUAAUUGGAAAAGAAGAACCUCAAAGUGAUGCUUCAGACAACCUUGAAAAAAUUAAGGAGAGGGUAGCAAAAGUACGGGACCUUUUCCAUGAUUCAGACACUACCGAAUUCAUAAUAGUGACGAUCCCUACGGUUAUGGCAAUCAAUGAAUCCUCAAGGUUACAUGCAUCCUUGAAGAAAGAAAGAAUUACUGUCAAAAGACUUGUCGUUAAUCAGGUCUUGCCUUCCACAUCAGACUGCAAGUUUUGUUCGAUGAAAAGGAAGGAUCAAAUGCGUGCAAUUGAAAGUAUCCACAAUGAUCCAGAACUUGCUGGUUUGAGAUUAUGCGAGGUACCCUUAGUGGAUAUGGAGAUAAGGGGUGUCCCGGCUCUCAAAUUCAUGGGGGAUAUUCUUUGGAGAUAAAAAUUACAUUAGAGAAUUUAUGAGUUUCAAGAAUAUGGUUCACGUUAUAGAGGCACUGAUACAUUCUUUUAAAUUUUAGACGUUAGUCUAUUAUUGUUUUUUUUUUUAAUGAAAUA